AUUCGGGCGGAAGAUGGCGAACGUGCUGCUGGAGUUCAAGGCUUCAGCCGGGGACUCGGAGCCGCAAAACCGGCCGGUCCUGAUCGUCGGUCAGCUCGCUAAUCUGCAGCAGGCCAACUGGACCCAGGUGAAGGGAAAACUACAGCCAGUGGUCACCAAAGAGCUCUGGCAAGCCGCUCUGUCUUCUCUGAACCCCAACCCUACGGACAGUUGCCCGCUGUAUCUAAGUCAUGCAGCGGUGGCGGCUCUUCCUUCACGGGUCAGUCGCCACAACAGUCCAUCCUCUGCCCACUUCCUCACCCGCCUGAUCCGAACCUGCCUGCCUGCCGGCAACAACCGCUGCAUUGUGAUGGUUUGCGAGCGCACUGAGGUGUUUGCAUCAGCGUGUGCUAUUGCUAGAGCUUUCCCGCUCUUCACCCGCCGCUCGGCGUCUUCUCGCAGGACAGAGAAGAAACACGUGACUCUGGAGUUUAUCACUGUGGGUCAGGACAACGGGCCUCUGGAGCUUUCCACACUUGAGUGUCUUGCUAAUGCAGCGGAUGGAGUUCGUCUGGCUGCUCGAAUCGUGGACACUCCAUGCAGCGAGAUGAACACUGAUGACUUCCUGGAGGAAAUCAAGACAGUGGGAAAUGCCUUGGGUAUCACUCCGACUAUAAUUCGAGGAGAGGAACUGAAACAAAAGGGCUUUGGAGGCAUCUAUGGAGUUGGUAAAGCGGCCCUGAAUCCUCCUGCUUUGGCUGUGCUCAGCCACACACCUUCAGGUGCCACACAGACCAUUGCCUGGGUGGGCAAAGGCAUUGUCUAUGACACCGGUGGACUCAGCAUCAAGGGCAAAACCACAAUGCCGGGGAUGAAGAGAGACUGUGGAGGAGCUGCUGCCAUUUUAGGAGCGUUUAAAGCUACUAUUAAGCAGGGCUUUAAGGACAAUCUUCAUGCGGUUUUCUGCCUGGCUGAGAACUCAGUGGGACCUGCAGCCACUCGCCCAGAUGACAUUCACACUCUCUACUCUGGAAAGACUGUAGAGAUCAACAACACUGAUGCUGAAGGCAGGCUGGUGCUCUCUGAUGGGGUUGUGUAUGCAAGCAAAGACCUGUCAGCGGACAUCAUACUGGACAUGGCAACACUGACCGGCGCUCAGGGAAUCUCCACAGGGAAGCAUCAUGCAGCAGUGAUGACCAACAGUGAGCAGUGGGAAUUAGCGUGUGUGCGCGCCGGACGCAGCAGUGGAGAUCUGGCUCAUCCUCUGGUUUACUGCCCAGAGCUGCACUUCAGUGAAUUCACCUCCGCUCUUGCAGACAUGAAGAACUCUGUGGCGGACCGUGAGAAUGCUCAGAGCUCCUGCGCUGGCCUCUUCAUCGCCUCUCACCUGGGCUUUGAUUGGCCGGGUGUUUGGGUGCAUGUGGACAUCGCUUCACCUGUCCACGCUGGUGAGCGAGCCACAGGUUUCGGUGUUGCUCUGCUCUUGUCUCUGUUCGGACAGGCGUCUGAAGACCCCCUGCUCAACUCUGUGUCUCCAUUGGGUGCCGCAACGGUCAAAAAUGCAUCUGAAGAUCAGAUGGAGAGAGACUGCAAGAGGAGGAGACUGGUCUGAGAUCAGUACAGACUGUUCUUAACCACUAAAAAAAAAAA